GUCGCGAGGCUUCCCGUGUUUACAUCGCAGCGCUCGGGAGAGGCUGGAGCGAGCUCACCCGCACUCGAGAACAUGAGCGUUUCGCUUUCGUUUCUGUAGAAAACGGUACGCGAGGGGACGGUCGCGUGCCGAGUUGUGCCCUCGUGCCGCGGAGGAAAGGGCGUAGCCGGUGGGUGGGGAGGGGAGAGGCCUUCUCGAGCUCGACGGACCGACGCGCCGCGCGACCCCGACACUUCCCGCUGCCGUCCGCGCAGCGCGUCGCCGCCGGAGCCAUGGAAGAGCUGACCGUGGAGGUCCGGGGAUCGAGCGGAGCGUUUUACAAGGCAUUUGUAAGGGAUGUGCACGAGUCAUCUGUCACCGUGGCAUUUGAAAAUAACUGGCAACCAGAGCGGCAGGUUCCCUUCCACGACGUCCGGUUUCUCCCACCCACAGGCUUCCAGAAGGAGAUAAACGAGAGCGAUGAGGUUGAGGUCUACUCGCGGGCUAAUGAGAAGGAACCAUGUGGGUGGUGGCUGGCAAAAGUCAGGAUGGUUAAGGGAGAGUUCUAUGUUAUUGAGUACGCAGCGUGCGACGCCACGCUCAACGAGAUCGUCACGCUGGAGCGCCUGAGGCCCGUCAACCCCAACAAGCCGGCCACGAAGAGCACGUUCCUCAAAAUUCGGCUGGACGUGCCGGAGGACCUGCGGCAGAUGUGCGCAAAGGACUCCGCACACAAAGACUUCAAGAAGGCUGUGGGAGCCUUCAACGUCUCCUACGAUUCGGACAAGAAGCAGCUUGUCAUCCUGUCCAUCAACGAAGUGACGGCCAAGCGGGCGUCCAUGCUCAGCGACAUGCACUUCAGGAGUCUGCGCACCAAGCUGUCACUCAUGCUGAGGAAUGAGGAGGCCAGCAGGCAGCUGGAGAGCUCCCGUCAGCUGGCGUCCCGCUUCCACGAGCAGUUCUCGGUGCGGGACGACCUAAUGGGCUUGGCCAUUGGUACUCACGGUGCCAACAUCCAGCAGGCCCGCAAGGUCCCCGGGGUGACCGCCAUCGACCUGGACGAGGAAACCUGCACCUUCCACAUCUACGGGGAGGACCAGGAGGCUGUGCAGAAGGCUAGGAGUUACCUAGAGUUCUCGGAGGAUGUAAUCAAAGUACCCAGGAAUUUAGUUGGGAAAGUCAUUGGUAAAAACGGAAAGUUAAUCCAGGAGGUGGUGGAUAAAUCCGGAGUGGUGAGAGUGAGAAUCGAGGCUGAGAACGAGAAGAAAUCGCCACCCCAGGAGGAGCAGGGCAUGGUGCCAUUUGUCUUUGUGGGGACAAAGGAAAGCAUCUCCAACGCCCGUGUUCUGCUGGAUUAUCAUCUCAAUUACCUGAAGGAAGUGGACCAGCUGCGCAUGGAGCGGCUGCAGAUUGACGAGCAGCUCCGGCAAAUCGGCGGAGGGCCCAGAGCGUCGGCCGCGCGCCCCGACAAGGAGAAGGGUUUCUCCACAGAGGACAGCACGGGGCCCCCGCGAGGGGCCAAGCCCUUUGGCCGAGGAGGUCGUGGCAGACGUGGCCCCAACUUUGCCUCAGGCACCAACUCGGAGGCUUCCAAUGCUUCCGAGACCGAGUCGGAUCACCGCGAGGAGCUGAGCGACUGGUCCCUGGCCCCCACUGACGAGGAGAGCGGGGGCUUCCCACGCCGUGGUGAUGGACGCAAACGUGGCGGGGGUACUCGCGGCCGGGGAGGUAGAGGCCGGGGAGGCUACAAGGGACCCGAGGAGCUGCAGUGGAACGAGACACGCUCGCGCCCUUCCAGAGACCCGAAGACCAGGCCACAGGAAGACUCCCUGCAGAUCCGAAUCGAUGGCAACGAGCGGAGCGUGCACACCAAGCCUGCCCAGGGUGCCAGCGGGCCCGACCGCCAGAGGCCCCCCAAGGAGCGACCCGUGAAGAAGGAAAAGCCGGAAGGCCAGGAUGGGCAGCAGUUGCUGGUCAAUGGGGUGUCGUAGGCCGACUGCGCCCCCCUCGGACCCCCGUCCCUGAACCCCUGCGCACUUCAUUGAUCCUGAUGCUUCAUUAGAGACCCGUUAGGCCAAAGAGAUCCAGAUCAGUAGGGCUGUCUCAGAAAUUGGAAGUUGGGAGGGGGGGGCAAACCCUGUUCCUGUGUUUCAAGCACUCCUGUGUCCUGUCGGGGGAAGGAGGGUAUGGGGUGUAGCUCUCUGGCCACCGGAGCAGGAACCGGGAGCCUAGUUUUCUUUUUUAUUUUUUUUUUUUUUUUUUUUUUUUUAAAAAACUUUUUGUUUUCGGUAGAAGCGCCGAGAGAGUGCGGCAGGAGCGCGGCGCAGCCAAAAGGACGGCGCCUGCAAGUGGCGACGCUUUGCGUGUGUGAGUCGUCUGCAGCGCUUCGCUUUUGUUUUCACUGUCCUCUCCCCACCGCCCAGCCUCGGCAGCCUGUCUCAUCUCCAACCCCAACAUGAGGUCACCGCUGUUGUGUUACUAGCAAAAAAAAAAAAAAGAAAAAAAGGAAAAACAAAAAAGCAACUCUGUCUGAUUUGUGCCUUUAAAUAUAUUGUCGAUAGUAUCGUAAUUGGACGUCUCAAUCAGGGAGAAGAUACGGACACCAACACUAAUGUAUUAUACUUGUAUCUAGAGAACCUGCUCGAUCCGGAGAGUUCUGCUUCUCUUCAUGGCGAUUGCAUGCAUUACAUUGCUUUGGGUUUUUUUUUUUUUUUUUUUUUUUUUAUAAAAUCUGGGAAAACCAGAACUGUACCGUGGUAUCGGAGUAUUUAGUUUUCCAUUAUCCUUGCACUGAAAUCUCCUAGAAUAGCAGUGAUGGAAUUGAAGCCCCUCUCACCCUCUCCUAGAAGGGAUCCACCACACACUCUUGUUGCGGAACCUAGACUUUUGAACUUUGCUUUUUGCAAAUUUAUGUGGAUGACAUAUAAAUGUAGUUGCAGCAGAAAGGGUGGAUAAAUCAGUUUGUGUCAAAUACUUCAUAACCUUUUUUUAA